GAAUUGAAAGAAAAAAUACCAGACUCGACAGAAUGUGAAUUAGUUAAUUUUAAAUAUGAGGAUUAUGUUAAUAAUGCUAAAAAAAAUAAGGAGAUAAUAAUUAAAUUGGAACAAGAAGUGAAUUCAUUAAGGGAAACAGUAUCUAAAGAUAUAAAAGAAGAUGAAAUUAAUAGGAUCCAAAUGGAAGUCAAAAAAAAAUUAAAUGAAAUUAUAAAAGAAAAGAAUAAAAUAGAUAAUGCAUCAGAAGCUCUUAAAAAUAUGGGAAAAUUUUUAAUGUUGACAAAAUUUAGUAUAGUAAUGGAUGAAAUACAAAGUAAUGUAAAAAAGGUAAGGGAAGAAGAAAAAAAUGCAGAGAAAAAAUUCAUAGAAUCAGAAAAUAUUCAAAAAAAUAUAUUGGAUGAUCUUAAAAAAGUAGAGGAAUUACAAAAUUUACUUAUACAUAACUUAGAUGAGGAUUCAAUAAAUGGAAGCAUAGAGAAAGUUAUAUUAAUUAAAGAUCGCACUGAAUCCAAUUCAGAAAAUAUAAACAUGCUUUUAACAGAAGUUGAAAAGCAUAAGGAAACUUCUUCCUUAUAUCUUAAUAAUACCAUAAGAGGAAGAGAAAAAAUAGAAUAUUUAAAAAAGCAUGAUAAUGAUGAAACACAAAAUAUAACUGAAGCAGUAAUGCAAAAUAUAAAUAAUUAUGUUCAUGAAUCUGAAAAUUGUUCAAAAAAUGCAGAAAGACACGCACAGGAAACUAGUAAAAAUUAUACAUUAUCUUUAGAAUACACAAAGGAGGUGAAUGAUCUCUUAAAAGAUUCUUUAAUUUUAGCAGAAAAAAUGAAAGUUGAAAUGAAAAAAAAUUAUGUUAUAGAUAUGCUAAUAGAAAUCCAGGAUAGUUAUUACGAUAAUAAAUAUAUAUUAGAAAGAUUAAAAGAAAGAUUAAUUAAAAUAAAUCAAGAAGAUAUUAAUAUGAAAUGUGAAUAUGAAGCAAAUAAUGAAAAGUCUAUAGAUGCAUUUACUAAAAUACAAAUUACAAGAAUAACUGCAAGUGACGCUAUACGAGGUAUAGAGAAAAUAAAAAGUAUAACACUAGAUAUUAUAAAUGUUGCUGAAAAUGAAAUAGAAUCAUUUUAUACUGUGUCUCAAAGAUAUAAUGAAGAUCCAUUAGAUGAAUUAAAAAUAGAGAAAGAUAACUUAAAAAAAAUUUUAGAAAUUCUAAAUAAAAUUGAACAAGAAAAAAAAAAAAUAAGUACUGAAUUAUUUAAAAUCAAGGAAGUGGAGAGAAAAAUUAGUAAUAUAGAAGAUGAAAUGAAAAUGUAUAAAAAAUAUUAUGAAGAAGGAAUCUUGGAAGAGAUAAAAAAAAUAGCUGAUCAAGAGGAAAAAAAUAUAAAAAUAUUAAAAAAAUCGAUAAAUUUAACUAUUGACACUUCAAUUUCCUUUUUCGAAAAUUCUUGGUUGAGAGAAGAACGUAUUAUACAAAUAUUUAAAAAUUUUGAAAGAAAAAUGAAUGAAAUAUGCGAUGCAUUUGAUGAGUCAUACAAAGAUAUAGAAAAAGCGGCAUCAAGUAUUUCUGUAUCAUUUGGCACUUAUAAUGAUGUGAGAGAGAAAAAUGAGAAGGCUAAAAUAGAAAAAGAAAAACUUAAGGAACUAAAUCAGGAAAUGAAACAAUUGCUAAUUAAUAUUAAUGAUGCUAAAAAAAAUGAGACAUUAAGAUUAAUUUUGCAUAUGAAAUAUAAGUUAGAUGAAGUUAAUAAAAAGGCGGAAAAAGAGUAUUUAGAAUUGAAUGAACAUACAAAAGACAUUAAAAGAAAUGUUCAAAAUAUGAUAUAUUCAAAAAGAAUAAAUACUGCAUUAGUUGAAUUAGAUAAUGCAAAAAAUAAAAAUAGUGAAUUUAAAAAAAGAAAAAUAGUAUAUUCUUCAUAUAAAGAUAAAUCAUAUUUCAUUUACAAUGAAAUGUUUAAAGCGACAGAAUUUAUAGAUAUGAAUAUAGAUGCAAUAUCAAGAUUGAAAGAUUAUAAAAAUAUAAAAGAUACAGAAGAUAUUGUUUUAAGUAUACAAGGUGAUUCAUUUGAUAUUGAAAGUAAAGAAAAAGAAAAUGAAAAACAUAUUAUUAAUAUGAAAAAUGUUUAUGAAAAAAUAAAAACAAGAGAAGAAUUAAUGAAAAAAAUUAAAGACAUGAAAGAUGAUAUUGAUAAACUUUUAUGCAGUUCACGAGAUUCCCUUGAGAAAUAUAAGAAGAUAAGAGGAAUAAAUAUUGAUAUUAAGGACUAUAAUGAAAUUUUAAAAAAUUCUAAAGAGUAUUAUACGUAUUUUAAAGAAAUGACUAAUUCUUAUAUAGAAAAAUAUAAUAAAAUGGAGAUGGAAUUAAAAACAAAUGAAAUGACAACAGAACUUAAUAAAUAUAAGGAUUUUUUAAAUGAUUUAAACGAGUUUAUUGAAAGAUUAUAUAUAGAGAAGUUUACCUUGAGUGUAAUAGGGAAAUUAGAAGAUUAUAUUAAUAUUAUUGAAAGUAAAGUAGUUGAAAAAAACAAUAACAUUUUAGAAAACAAUGUUUCUUUCUAUGAAUUAUUAGAACUAAAGAAGAAAUGUAAAUUAUACUUUCUCUCUUUAGUUAUCACAGCUAUUAAUACUGAAAUAUCAAAAGAUACAAAAAUGAUUGAAAAAAAAAAAAAUUAUGCUAUUGAAUAUACAAAGUAUGUUAUAAAUAGUUAUGACUCUAUAAAUAAUGACAUUAAUAAAACUAAUGAAUUAUUUUCUAUUAAUAUCAUAAGUAGUUAUGAGUCGGACAAUAUUGAAGAUUCAAAUAAACUUGCAGAGGAAUUUAAAAUAGAAGAGCAAAUAUAUAUGGAAAUAAUAGAUGAUAUACAAAAUAAACUUUUAAGAGUAGAGGAAAAAAAAAAUUUGAUUUCCGUUGAUAAAAAUUUACAGGAGUUACAAUAUCUUUAUAAAGAAUUUAAACGAAAAAAAAAAUACUUUAAAAAUAUUUACAAAAAAAUAAAUGAAAUAAAGUUGAAAGAAAUGGAGAACAUUUCUAAAAAAUAUACUGAUAUAGCAGAAUCAUAUGAAAAUAUUAUAGAAAAUGAAAAAAAGAGAAUAUUAGACAAGAAAAACUAUUUAGAAAAAAUUGAACAUACCAUAAGAGAAAAUCAAGAAUUACUUUGUAUUGAAUCUAUAGAUACAAAAGAAAAAAUGCAAAAGAUUAAAGAAAUUUAUGAAUAUACUAUAAAUAUAGUUACAGAAAUAGAUGAAUUAGAAAAUCACAAUAAUAGUGAAAAUGAUAAAUUGGAAAAUUACAACAAACAAAUUUCAUACUUGAUACAAAGAGCAAUAUUUUUACUGAAGGAUACAGAAUUGUACCAGAAUGAGAAAGAUCAUGAUCUAUCAGAAGAGGAAAAUAUGGAAAUAUUAAAUGAAUUAAAUAAAUAUAUAAAAAGAACUAAAAGUAAUAUAAAAAAAUUUAAAAUGAUUUUUGAAAAUAUAAGAAACAGUAUAGAACAAAAUAAAGAAUUCUUGCAUGAAUGCAGUGAUACGAUAUUGUCCAUUUAUAAUAUUGUAAAUAAUGUGAAUAAUAUAAUAGAAAAUUAUGAAAAAGAAUCAAUUGAAAAAGGGGAACAUGAUCAAAUAAAAAUUUAUCCAAAUGGAAUUAAUAAAAAAAUAUAUGAAAAUAAAUUAAUAAAUAAUAAUAAUGGCAAUAAUUUCCAAAAUAAUGAGAUGUAUGUAGAACUAUCCAGACUAAAUGAUGAAAACGAAAAAAGUAAAUUUGAUAACUCGCAGACUAAAUUAACAAUAGGAAUAUUAAUAGAAUUGAUCAUGUGUUAUAGUGUAGUUAUUUCAAUUUUAUAUAAAUAUAGGAAAACUGAUUACAAAAAUAAAAAAUGUGAUGAACAUAAAAAUUCUGAUAAUACAUAUAAUUUUUAUAAAAAGGAAGAAUUUAUUGAUUUACCUUCUGUUUAA